AUGAGACACCACUUCGUCCUGGCCUUUGGUCUUGCUGUCCUCGUGGCGACCGUCUAUGGUGCCAGCGACUCCACAUCCACAUCCACCUCCACCUCCGACUCCACCUCUACCUCCACCUCGAACAGUACCACCACCACGACGACCACCACAACCACAACCACGACGCUCGCCACCGACACCGAAAGUACCACUGACUCCUCCUCCUCCUCCUCCUCCUCGAGCUCGGACAGCAAGGAGCUAAAAAAGCUGAGGCGCAAGCUUCGCAGGCUUCGCCGGCUGAGGCGUCAGGAGAAGCGCGAGGAGAGGCGCCAGAAGCUUCGCCGGGAGAGGCAGGAGAAGCAGAAGGAAAGGCGCGCAGAGCGACGUGCAGAGAAGAAGCGUCAUCGUAGGGGAUAA